GGCCCCAAUUGGUACGUCAAGAAAAGUGGUACCUCGGCGCCGAACUGUCAAGAUUUGACGGGCUCUGGACAGGCUACUGGCCAGAUCGAGGGGCAGUUCACUCGCUCGCUAGCUUCUCCCGCAUCCAUGGGUACAUACUUAGUAGAAGUAUGCACUGCCCUCGCCGCGCCUUCGACGGAAUCUCCAGCCUGAGCAUCUAUGCCCCCCAUGAGUGCCCCCGGACCCGAACGCAUGUCUCGUCGGAUGGUGACCCUCUUGGCUGCGUAUCUUCUGGUUGUUCAGUCGACUCUGGUUUCGGCUUCAGCCUCGGCACCAGCGUGCUAUGCCGGCAGCGGAACCCUUCAGUGGUACAUAGAUGCGGUCGGAGAGAACCCAUGUAUGACCUAUCAGCGACUGCGGCAGACAUGCAACAGUAAUUACACAACGCCAACGUGGACGAUCAACGGCAACACCGACCAAUGCGACGAUCCGUUGAGUACAUGCUGCUGCAACUCCAUUGCGUGGUCCUUGCGGAUGCUGUGUAUCAACUGCGAGUGGGACGAGAACGGCGCGGGUGACAUUGGGCACAGUGCUACCGCUGGCGCGUACUAUCAAUACCGAUGGAGCUCAGGAGUGCCGAACAGUGGCAUGUAUUGCGGCGAUGGAUAUAACCAGACGUUACCGCAAAGCCUUCAGCUCGCAAUCUGUAACAAGGGGAUCGGGCUCAGCGAUUUCCUAUACAGCAUAUUCUGGCCCGAUGGAUCAUGGUACGUCUAUCCUGCAGGCCUUUGGCGUGCAAGCAUCUUAUAGUGGGGACGGAUCGCUCUACAGGGACUUGUGAGUGUCGCCCUCGGUUUUCCAGCUGAAAGUAACCUCAUGGUGCCCCACGAAAGCACGACCUUUGAGUCGGUCGCGCAGCAGACUCUGGCGUCAAACAACAACCAGUCUCUGGACCUGUGUCCGAGCAACACGAGCUCUCCAACAGGCGGCGCCGG